CCAUUAAGGAUUUAGGGCUCUUUUAAUUUUUUCCUCUUCUUCUUCUUCCUGAGACGAAAAAGGUGAAAUUGAUGGGAACUCCAGAAAGUGCGAGAGAGCCAUGUCCGGAUCGGAUCCUCGAUGACGUGGGAAGUGCGUUUGGCAUGGGUGCUGUUGGAGGAUCAGCCUUUCACUUCCUAAAGGGAAUCUACAAUUCUCCCAACAGCGCUCAUCUCUCCGGCGGCACUCAGGCCGUGCGAAUGAACGCGCCGAGAAUCGGAGGAGGCUUCGCGGUAUGGGGUGGUCUAUUCUCGACAUUCGAUUGCGCUUUGGUGUACGCAAGACAGAAGGAAGAUCCAUGGAACUCGAUCUUAUCUGGCGCCGCCACUGGAGGCCUUCUCUCGAUGCGUCAAGGAAUUAACGCGACGGCUCGCUCGGCUAUAGUCGGAGGCGUUCUUUUGGCUCUCAUAGAAGGAGCAGGGAUCAUGAUUAACAAAUUUAGUGCUUUGCAGCAGCAGAAAGAGCAGCUUUUCAUGGAGGAUGCUGCUUCAGCUUCGGCGCCGUAUGGUGUGCCCAUGGGUCAGGUUUUUGGUCAGGUUGUACCGGAGACUUCGGAGGCUGGUUCGGGAUCUUGGUUUGGGGGUUUAUUUGGUAAUGGGAAGAAGAAGGAAUCUGAGGAUAAAUCAGGGAGCAAGACUCAGAUUCUGGAGAGCUUUGAUGCGCCUCCUGUGCCCACUUACGAGUUUUAAGUGAUACUUUUAAUCGAGGUCUAGAUCCAUUUAUUAUUAUUAAUUUUCAAGCUAGAGCUUAAUUUCUAGAAUUAUUAUAUUCUGCAAACGCUUGAUAACCAUUUUUUUUAAGCUUUCGAAGUUUAGAGCCUAAUUUCCGUCUGGUUAUAUGUAAAAUUAGCAAAUGUUACAACAUAAUUAGCGAGGUUUAACUUCUUGUGAUAA